GGUAGAAUUUGGGCUAUUCUCCUUCCCCAUCCAAGAGUGCAGUAGCAUAAUAAUCAGGACCUGCUGGAACUCCCUCAAUAUGUCGUACCGAGAUUUACGAAACUUUACAGAAAUGAUGAGAGCUCUUGGGUACCCACGACUCAUUUCUAUGGAGAAUUUUCGAACCCCCAACUUCCCAUUGGUUGCAGAAAUUUUGGUCUGGUUGGUUAAAAGAUAUGAACCACUGGCUGACAUUCCUACAGAUACAGACCUGGAGCAAGAUCGCGUGUUUCUCAUCAAGGCUGUUGCUCAGUUCAUGGCCACAAAGGCUCACAUAAAACUGAAUACCAAGCAUCUAUACCAGGCAGAUGGUUAUGCAGUGAAAGAACUGUUAAAAAUCACCUCAGUACUGUACAGUGCAAUGAGGACCAAAACAAUUGAUUCUCUGGGCCCUGAAGAACAACAGAGUGGCAAAUUCAAAUUUGACCUGGGUUCAAAGGUAACCUUCCUUAGAGGGAUUCGUGGUCGGGCUUCCAUGGUCUCCUCCGAGGGCUCCUCCCUCUAUAAUGCAAUUAAAGAAGAAGCAGAUGUGAGAGACAUGAGAACAACAGCAAUGGCACGGCCAAUGGAGAUUAAUGAAACCGAAAAGGUGCUGAGAGCAGCCAUUAAAGAGGUUAUAGAACAAGUACAGAAGACAAAAGACAUGCUGAACAAUGUGGCAUCUGAUGAAGCCAACCUAGAAGCUAAAAUCGAGAAGCGAAAACUGGAUUUGGAGAGGAAUCAAAAGCGCUUACAGACACUUCAGAGUGUCAGACCUGCUUUUAUGGAUGAAUAUGAAAAGAGUCAAGAAGAGCUGCAGAAACAGUAUGACAUAUAUGUGGAGAAGUUCCACAACCUGAGUUACCUUGAACAGCAACUAGAUGACUAUCACAGGAUGGAGCAGGAGCGGUUUGAGGAAACAGAGAACACCUUGCGUUUAAUGCAGAAUAAACUGAGGGAGGAAGAGAAGAGGCUGAUGAAAGCUGCAGGCAGUGAAGAUGAGUCAGAUAUGGAUAUUCCUGAUGAAGAAAGCUCUGAGAGUGAAACAGAUGAAAGGAGACCCAUGAAGCCACAUCUCAGUAGAGAGUUUCCCAUUCAAGGUAGAAGUGGUCUUCGUAUCAUUGGAAACAUGCAGGGUGGAGACACAGAGGAUGAGAAUGACAGUGAUGACAGUGAAAUUGAUGUGGAUGAUGAUGAUGAGGAGGAGGAGGAAGAAGAGGAAGAUAAUGAAGAAUUUAAUGAUGGUAUUUCAAUCCAUCCUUCAAAAAUGACUCGAGGAUUACGCAAGAUGGAACCUCUAGAAGAGAGUGACAAUGAUUUCUAGUCAUUUAUGGCUUACCAUUUGUUUUAUUUAAUUGCUGCUGGAGUCAUACCACAUAGUAAAGAAGUAAAAAAAAGAAAUAGACCAAAAUGCUUCUUUAUUUAUAUUUAAUUUUUUGGAACAAUCUUUAUUGGGGAUUAAUACAGAAAAGUCAAUUUUAAUUGUAACUUUUGUAUUCUUGGAAUAGAAGAUGAGACAAUGUAUUGUAGACAUCUUCACAUAUGAAAUUCUGCAGAUUUGAAAUUGGCAACAACGUUUACAGCUCAUUUUGUGUAAACAAAAUAAAAAUGUUGAACUAUA